ACCAUGCACAGAACCAUGGGGCAGGGGCCACACUUAAAGCCUUCACCUGCUCCCUGACCCCCUUCCUGUGAGGUCCUGGAGUCCCUUUCCUUUUGCUCGGGGGAGGGAAUCAUGUCCCUAUGACCCAUGGAUAGUCCAGAGCAGUACGGCCACUCAGUUUCAGUCUCUGUUCUUCAAGGUCAUUCCUUCUCCAUUUGGGAACUUUCAUUUCUCUUUUCUGCACGUGUCUGACCUACAUACUUUAGAGCUGUUUUGAGUAGCUGUGCUUGGUAUUCAGAGCAGACAUGGUCUCAAGGGGAUGAAACAAUCCUGCCCUUGACCCUGGACACCUUGAUCCUCUCAUGUCCCAGCCCACUCACAUCCUCAUCUGGUCUGGAAAUGGAAGCCUCCCUCCCAUGAACCAGCACCACUGACCCACAGCCACUGUGGGGACUGGGCUUUGUGACAACAUCAUCCGCAUGAGGAAACUGAGACUCAGAGAUACGCCAUUAGCACACAGAUCAUGUGGGCAAUGGUUGAAUGGUUAUUUAAAUAACUAUCUGCCGUAAGUAAAAAUCAGGACUAUAACCCAAAUCAAUGUCCCCUGAAGCUUGAAGGCAGGACCACAGCAUGAGGAGGAGGUUUAAACCAGGAAACAAGGGCACUGAGGGGGCAGGGAUCAUUCAGAGGCUUGUCCCCCAAAAGAUGGAUGGCCGCUGGUGCUAGGAAAAUAUGAGAAGUCAGUGGGGGUGGCUGGGAUAGAAGGAAAACCACACUCUGGGUAAGAGGAAGGGACAUGUUCUUUUCCCCUAUUUCACUGUUUCCCCUUUGUGCUCAUUGUCACAGCGGCACUCGUCUGCACUGCACAGUGAGGAGGGGACCGUGUCUCUGCUGAGCUGAGCUCUGCAGGCACAGGGACCCCAUCUUCCUAAAGCAUCUCCAGGGACUGAGUGACCACUGUCCAAGGGGAGGACCCACAGGGAGGGGUUGAUAGUUGGGCUCGGGGGGAAGGGGACCUCAUGGAGGGGGACCUGGAAGGCCAUGCCCUGGGUCACCUCACUUGCAAGGGGUGUUUCAGGAGGCUGCGGGUCUAUUUCUUCCUCCAUCAUGAGAACAAGGGCCGGACUCCUCAGGAGACACUGUCCCCUUCCUGAGGGGCUGGUGACAGGAGAACCUCGUGACAGGGAUGUCCAGCCUCCCAGUGACCACACCCUGUGAGUCUCUCCACCCUGAGGACUCCUUGGUCUCUUCCUCCUUCUGCGCAGCUGGGUUCAGAGAGGAGACGCCAUGCCCCCCAGCCUCACAGCCCUGCUCUGUCUGGGUGAGAUGUGAGGGGGGAGGGGAAGCCCUGCUCUGUCAGGACCCCAGGGCUCAGGAGGCUCCCGGGGAGAAGGGUUCUGCUCAGGACUCAGGGCAAAUCUCUCACAGGGACUCUCUUGCAGGGCUGAGCAUGGGCCUGAGGACCCCAGUGCAGGCAGGGACCCUCCCCAAACCCACCCUCUGGGCUGAGCCAGGCCCUGUGAUCCCCUGGGGGAGCUCAGUGACCAUCUGGUGUCAGGGGCCCCUGCAGGCCCAGGAGUUCCAUUUGUAUAAAGAUGGAAGCCCAGCGGCCUUGGACAGACAGAUAUCACAGUAUCCCAGGAAGAAUGUCAAGUUCUCCAUCAUACAAAUGACAGAGUUCACUGCAGGGAGAUAUCAGUGUUACUAUGUCAGCCCCACUGGCUGGUCAGAGGACAGUGACCCCCUGGAGCUGGUGGUGACAGGAGUCUACAGCAAACCCAGCCUCUCAGCCCUGCCCAGCCCUGUGGUGACCUCAGGAGCGAACGUGACCCUCCAGUGUGGCUCACGGCAGGGAUUUGACAGGUUCAUUCUGACCAGGGAGGGAGAAGACAGGGUCUCCUGGACCCUGGACUCACAGCAACACCUCAGUGGGCAGUCCCAGGCCCUGUUCCCUGUGGGCCCUGUGACCCCCAAACACAGGUGGACAUUCAGAUGCUAUGGCUGUUACUGGAACAGACCCCACAUGUGGUCACAGCCCAGUGACCCCAUGGAGCUCCUGAUCCCAGGUGGCUCAGGGAAGCCCUCCCUCCUGACCCAGCAGGGCUCCAUUGUGUCCUAUGGACAGAGCUUGACCUUCCAGUGUCUCUCUGACAUCAGCUAUGACAGAUUUGCUCUGUCCAAGGAGGGGGGACAGGACCUCCUCCAGAUCACUGCCCUGCAGCCCCAGGCUGGGCUCUCUCAGGCCAACUUUUCCCUGGACACUGUGAGCAGCUCCCAUGGGGGCCGUUACAGGUGCUAUGGUGGACACAGCCUCUCCUCUGAGUGGUCAGCCCCCAGUGACCCCCUGGACAUCCUGGUGGCAGGAUGGCUCCCUGACAGACCCUCCCUCUCGGUGCAACCAGGAGCCAUGGUGGCCUCAGGAGAGAACGUGACCCUGGUGUGUCAGUCACAGAGCCCAAGGGUCAUUUUCCUUCUGUCCAAGGAGGGGACAGCCAAUCCCCCGCUGCGUCUCAGAUCACAGUCCCGAGCUCAGCAGCACCAGGCAGAGUUCUCCAUGGGUCCUGUGACCUCGGCCCACAAGGGGACCUACAGGUGCUACAGCUCACUCAGCAUCUUCCCCUACCUGCUGUCACAGCCCAGUGACCCCCUGGAGCUCCUGGUGUCAGGACCCUCUGGAAAUCCCAGCCCCCUACCCACAGGGCCCACCUCCACCACCGCCCAAGGUCUCCAAUGGUACUGGAAUGUGCUGAUAGGGGUCUUGGUGGCCCUCGUCCUACUGGUCUCCCUCCUCCUCUUCCUGUUCCUCUUCCUCCGACACAGGCGUCAGAGCAAAGGAAGGACAUCAGGGGCCACGGACCCAGAGCCCAAGGACAGAGGCCUGCAGACCAGAUCCAGCCCAGCUGCAGACGCCCAGGAAGAGCCCCUCUAUGCUGCCAUGAAGGACCCUAAUCCUGGGGAGGGCAUGGAGCUUGACCCUCAGGAGAACAGGACCUGUGACGACUUCCAGGGAAUGACCUAUGCCCAGGUGACCAUCUCAACAUCAAGGCAGAUGCAGGGAAUGGCCCCUUCUCCUUCCCCCCUGUCAGAGGAAUUGCUGGACAGGAAGGGCAGACAAGCAGAAAAGGACAGACAGGUGGACAGUCAGGCUGCUGCAUCUGCUGCCCCCCAGGAUGUGACCUACGCCCAGCUGACCCUCAGAAGGGAGACAAGUGCACCCCGUUCCUCCUCAUCAGAGAAGCCCCCACAUGAGCCCAGUGUCUACGUUUCUCUGGCCGUCCACUAGCCCAGGAAGGACCCAGACCCCACACUCCAGGGAGGAGACCUGCGUGGACCCCAGAAGGUACAAAAGCUGCCCCAAGGACACUUACUAGUGGCCCCAGCCAGCCUGGAGACCUGAUGUGGGCCCCCACUAGCUCCUGGGUGUCUCUGGGAGGCCCCUGUUUGUAUAGUCACAGAUAACCAAUAUUCCUGCAUUAUAGAAUCAAAGAAAUAGACGUCUCAAAAAUGUAUGUGUAAAUUUAAAACUAAACCAGAAGUGGGAUGACAUGUAGAGAUCAUGUACCAUAGAAACGUACACUUGUAAAACCUGUUAACAGCACUGGCUGGUGUGGCUCAGUGGAUUGAGUGCUGGCCUACAGAGCAGAAGGUCGCUGGUUCGAUUCCCAGUCAGGGCACAUGCCUGGGUUGUGGGCUAGGUCCCUAGUUGGGGGCAUGUAAGUGGCAACCACAUAUUGAAGUUUCUCUCCCUCUCUUUCUCCCUCCCUUCCCCUCUCUCUAAGAAUAAAUAAAUAAGAUCUUUUUAAAAAGAGAAAAAAGCCUAUAACCAUCUUAUUAAUCAUUGUCAGCCUAAUGAAUUUAACUUUUAAACAUUUAAAAAUCUCUAAAAAACAAAGAAAAAUAUCCAAACUGAUAUUGAUUUAAAAUAUUCAAUAUUUUAUGAAGAUCUCAAGGAGGGUUAGCAACAGGGGAGUAGGAGGAGGAGAAGGGGGGAGAAGGUACAGAAAAUAAGUAGCAUAGACAGUAGAUAAAAAAAUAGAUGGGGGGGG